UUCUAAUUUGUUUUACUCAAACGUAGAAAUUUAUAUUUUCAAUACUUUUAAAAACAUGGUGUCAGGCACCAACAGGUAUAUGCCAGGAAGAUAAUUGUCAAGUGUUCUAUUUCGCUUUGAAUAGAACAUUCACUCAGAAACCAUCGACAUCUGCAAGGAAGUGAGUGACAGAUUAAAGAUUGAAUUGGCAUUCGAGCUAACUACUGCCAUUCGUCAAAUUUGAUGACAAAGAUAACAGGGUGUAACCUUUAACAAAAUUCACAUUCGCGAUCUGGAUCGAAGUUCGAUAAAGCGUGCACCCUCUUGUGAUUACUACAACGUGUGUGUCAAAGUGUUUAUCGCAAAACGAAGUUAGUUCUGAAACUGUUAAAUCACGAACUUAUUCGAUCAUCGCGAAGAAUUACCCACUGGAAAAAGAUUUUAAAGAAAGGUCAGCAACAAAUUAUACGUUCUCCAUGAAAACAUACGAUGACAAGAAAUGCUGAGGAUAUUGGUUGCUGCUUCUGUGGUCUUGUUGUUGCCCACCUUUACAAACAUCGAUGAAUGUUAAAUACAUCAAAACUUCUGCAAUUCGUUAAAAAGAAUGGUAGCGGUACUUUAAAUAAUCAAAAUAUGGAGGCCCAAGAUAUCUUUUUGCCAUUGCUCAAAGCUGUCAAGAAUGCAAGUUCAUACAUUGAACGUGGAAUGUCAACGUCCAUUUACAAGAUAGAAAGCUUCUUCCAUACCAUAAGUACAGCGAUGGCGAGUAAAGUUUCCUUUAUAACAGCAACACUGGAUGUUGUAUUAAGAUCCCCCGUGACUGUGAUAACAACUUUGCUCAGCCUUAUACAGAACAUUUUGAAUGGCACUGUAUACAUUCUACUUGAUGUUAUACAUUUCUGCAUGGAAGAAUGUCUUGUUUUUGCCAUCAGAGCAGUUAUGUACAUUCUUUGUUCUGUUAUUGCCAACAUCUUUACUGCUACAUCUAUGGCAAUAUCUUUACUGUUUACGACUUUAGUAGGUAAUAUAACUCUGCUCGACAUUAUACAGACAAUUUUGAAUGGGAAUGUAUGCAUUCUACUUGAGGUGAUACUUUCUUGCAUUCAAGAAUGUCUUAUUUUCGCCAUCAGGGCAGUUCUGUACAUUCUUUAUUCUGUUAUUGUCAACAUCCUAUCGGUGGCAAUAUCUUUACUAUUUACGACUUUAGUAGGUUAUAUAACUAUCGUCGACUUUGUCGUCUUUACUUUCGUCUUUCCUGUAUGUGAUGUACUGUUCUGGAUAUUAGCAGGAUUAUCUAUCGUAGUAGGCUUGUUUUACCUGCAUAGGAAAUUGGCACAAGUAAGAGGGUGGGAACCAGAAGUAAUAAAAUACCUCCUUGCGUUGCCUGUUGUUUGCGCUUUCACAUAUAUUUGGAGAAAUGAAUGUGCCGAUAUUCUAUCAUAUAUUGUUCACCCAUUAUGUUACAUUUUUAUAUUGGUAUGUUGUACGUUUGUAACUAUGAAAUUAUGCCAAUUGAUAUUUCACGAAAAACUCAAAUUCAUGUUUAAAGAAACACUGAAAGGUAACGCAUCAAAGGAGGACCCCAUAUGCAAAGAAUGCGUUAUAUGCUUUGAAGAAAACGUAUUCGUAACGAUAGUUCCAUGUAUGCACAGCAACAUCUGCCAGCCGUGCAUUUCCCAUAUAAAAUUGGACUCUAACCGAUGUCCCAUGUGCAGAGGAAUAAUUCAGGACGUCCAGAUACCACUGUCACUACUUAGGGACAGAAAGGAUGUGUUUGUGUAUUUCAACAAAUUAUACUAUAUUGCCUCGUGUGUUUAUUUUACAAUUUUAGCAUCCACUCAACCUAGAUAGUUUAAAACAAUUAAGAAAGUAGGCAGAUUUAUUUUAUGAAUGUUUUUUGUGACGAUUUUGGUAAAUAAUGUAUUAAAAUCAUAUAUUUUAUUUUAUCAUCACUUGAACGUUAGACCUUACUUCCAAACGAAAAUAGCUAAUUUUCAUCAAAUAUUCUACAAAAGUUUCUGAAUUAAUGCGCACGGUGUAAUAUUUAGUUUUCCUCAUAUAAUUUCAAUAGUUAAUUAACUAUUCCAUUCAAAUCAUUAUCGAAUUACUAUUAAAAGAAAAAUAGAAAUAAACAAAUCAGUUGCAUGAAGGUUACCAACUAAGCUAUUUUUGUCCAAUUAAAUUGUUUACAAAUAUUCUUUAACGAAUAGAAAUAGAGAAAUAGUAUAUAACUCGUGUGGUACAAAUCAACACGCACUGGUUGUAUAAAACCGAAAACAUAUUUAACAUGUGAUAAAAUACCUCGUGAUUGAAAUUAUUCACUCACCACCGUGUAUAAUUUCAAUAGCUCUGAUAUGUUCAUAUAAUGUGCGUCCUACAAUGCUUUGCGAAGUGUCACUUUGAUCAAAAACAUAAUUUACUUUCAAGUUUAUCAUGUGAAUCAGUAUUCCAUUGAGCAAUUUCAUCAAAAGUGAAAAUAUUCAAGUGUUUAGUUAUAUAAAGUGACAUUUACAUUUGCAUCAAGUAACACCAUAUUGAACUUGAACAUUGGCAUUAUGCACUUGUGUAACGUACUUUGGUAACUUGCUACUUAUUACAUGUAUGUUAAUGACUGUAAUUGUAGCAUGCAACCGUAAGAUAUCAUCUGAACAAUGCAUUUAUAGUAUAGCUGUGUUCGAUUUGAACGAUGUCUAUUGAUAUAGUCUUUAAAAUAAACAAUAACCUGUAUCUAAUUGCCUGCUGAUGUGUGUAUGGUAUCUUAAUUGCAUACAUGUUCUCUCUUUUUUUACUGUGUAAGGAAGUAUUUUAACCCCCAUAGAAUCAGGACCCCGGUCAUAAUUCUUAAGGAAACGGUAUUCCCGGGUCGUGUAGAAGAGUCAUAAUAUUAUGACCCUGGUGGCGAUAUAUUGAUAUCCAGAGAUCACUUUUUCUAAAGAAUAAUGACCGGGGGAGAAGUUGAGAUUAGAUGAGGGCCAAAUUGAUGCAGUCAAAGUUGAGGGAAGAAAUACUACAUUAAGAAAAGGUUCCAUAUGGCUUAUUAUUAUUAUUAUUAUUAUUAUUAUUAUUAUUAUUUAUUAUUAUUAUUAUUAUUAUUAUUAUUAUUAUUAUUAUUAUUAUUAUUAUUUAUACUAAAAUGAAAGGUCAUCACUUUGAAAAAAGCGAAGUCUCUUCAGUCGCAACUACGUAUUGUUUAUUGUCGCGAGAGCAGCAGCAGAAUUAGUACUUAGUGGAAGUCGAAAAUGUGGUAGUAGCAGUAGUAAAUGUUGGUAUUGUUGUUGUACAAUUUGCAACAUUAGCGGUGAAAUAAGUAAUAGUAGUAGGAGUAGCAACAUCAUUGUUUUCACUUAUACUUGUAGAAGUAUCAACAGCAAUACCUGCAGCAGUACCACCUGUAUUAAUUACUUAGACUUGUUCGCAUAAUACAUAUUUAUUUAAAUUACAAUAUAAAAUCGUCGGUUCCUCUCGGUUGUGUCACUAGUUUAUAGACACGACCGUGGGGAGGCGUUAUUGUAUGGGGGUUCAAUAUAUACAGAAAAGGGCUCACCUUUUGUAAAGAAAAAUGACCGUGGUCAUGAUUCUAUUGGGCUCAAAAUACUUCCUUACACCGGCGUUCGUUCUGUUUCCCAAAAGUUUAUGACCGGUAGGACUGCAACUGCAUAACUAUUGAAGUAUCUUUUGAAGAAUGGUGACAUAGUUUUAGCGUUAUGCUUGAUUGUUUUUUAUCGUCUUUUUUAAGAUUAACUUUGAAUUUAUGCAAGUCUGUUUAUUGGAGGUGAAUGUUUGAAACAGUGAUGACUAGUCAGACUUAAUAGCACUAGCAGUUCUUAUUAGCUUUUAACGGCUUUUAUCAGGACCUGGUUAUAGACUCUAAAAACGUUUGCACUAUUAUUGAAGAAUGACGGAUGGAUCUCAACAUACGGAUUUUUGUUGUGAAUAUGUAUAAUAUUAUAAUGUAUUAAAUUAUCACUUUUCAAAGACAGGAUAUUUGUAGACCAUGUGUAC